GAGUCAGUCUCGUCGGUGCACUGAUUCUAGACGGUCCAUCCAAUCUCGGGGGAAUAUUAUUACGAAAUUCUUCUUGGUAUUCUGGGCAACGUGAUUAAAAUUUAAACCAGAAAGGGUAAUGAAGUGGUUCACAAAUUUAGCUCUCCUUUGCGGAGUAGCAGUGCUUGUCCAAGGAUAUACACCGUUUAGCAAUAGAAGACCUGUAACUUCUAAUAAUUCUAACUACUACUACGAUGACAAUCGACCAGUGGAUUUAGGAACACGCAUUGAUCCAACACCUGGCCAGAGAAAAGGAUACUACGGUGGAGAUUAUGUAUCCUCAACGAGUCCUUUUGAAAUUGUCUAUGAGUGGAAAAUUUUUGACUAUGAAUACCCAAGUACCACAGAAAGAAGAGCAGCUAUUGCUUCUGGAGAAUACAUCCAGGAAAAUACCAUGCCUUUAGGGAUUGAUGCUUAUAAGAAUCGCUUCUUUAUUUCACUUCCCCGCUGGAAGACUGGAACCCCGGCAACCCUUGUAUCAGUUGAUCUGCCAUCGAGGGAUAAAAGUCCACUUCUGCGUCCCUACCCCAACUGGGGUUUCCAUACUACACCCACAAAUCCCGAUUGUACAAAAUUCAUGUCCGUUUUUAGGAUUCACAUAGACGACUGUGGCCGUUUGUGGGCCAUCGAUGCAGGAAUGGUGAACACAACGAGCACCCCUAAUCUUGUAUGCCCACCCAAAAUUGUUGUAUUUGAUCUAGCAACGGAUCGACAUAUUCUCACCUUCCCCAUACCUGAUGGUCAAAUCAAGGAGGAUUCCCUCUACACAAGUAUUCUUGUCGAUAUUCGCGAUGGGAAGUGCGAUGAUGCCCAUGCUUAUGUUACGGAUGUAUGGCGCAACGGAUUGUGGGUGUUCAGCUUGGGAAAGAGACGUAGCUGGCGUACAUCCAAUUAUUUCAUGCUACCUAAUCCACAUGCUUGCGAAUAUAGUUUCCACAAUCAAUUGACCUACCAAUGGACUGAUGGUAUCUUUGGUACUGCAUUGGGACUAGAUGAUGUGCGUGGAGAUCGUCUUAUGUAUUUCCACCCUAUGUCAAGCUUUGGGGAAUUUUCCGUACCCACAUCCAUACUUCAAAAUGAAACUAUUUGGACAGAAGGCAUCAAUGUCAACACACAAUUCAAGCAAGUGGGAGAUAGAGGAGUAAACAGCCAAUCUUCUACCUCCGGUAUUGAUCGAGACGGUGUUCUUUUCUACACGUUAGUCAAUCAAGAUGCUAUAGGAUGUUGGGACACUAACAAACCUCUGGUACCAAAUAAUAUUCAUCACGUGGAUCAAAACCGGGUCUUCUUCUCCUUCCCGAACGACAUUAAAGUCGACAAGGCUACAGAUCAAGGUGUUUGGGUACUUGCAAAUAAUCUUCCCCUUUAUCUCUACACCGGUUUAGACUACAGCCAAGUGAAUGUUCGCAUUCUACGUGCAGGCACCAAAAAUGCGGUGAGAGAUACUGUAUGUGAUCCUAGAAAUAGGGGAAAUAUGGUUUGGGGUUAACAUGUCAUAUUUUUUUUGAAUUUCUUGACUAUUGCAUUAUGAAAGACUUUUGAUAUUCCUCAGUGACUAUAUUGUGUAUUAAGCAAUGAAUAAAAUAAUAAAAAAAUAACAUUUUUACGUAUUUUUAUAGAUGUUAUUUAUUAAUUGAAAUGAAUAUUAUUUAUUAAUCGAAAUUUUUAGUUUGAGUUUGUAUUGAAAAUUCCUCCAAACACAUAAAAACUAGCAUGACACCCUGUGUGAAAGUCUAUUACAAAGUCUCCUAUUUUUUUUCAUUUCAAAUGACAAAACAAAAAAGUUAAACAUUGACCUAAAUGAUCCUCAUUUUGUGCUAUCUUUUUGUUCGAAUUUCUCAAAUAAACUGAUAAAGUUACAAAA